AUGACGUCGAAGAUUAUUAUUCCUGGCGGACGCUUGGGUGUCAUUAUCUUCGGCUGUCUCGCUAUUAUUUCCUAUCCGUGGAUUCUUUGCUGGGUGCUCAUUUGCAAACUAGGCAAGUGCAUAGAAGGGGGUAGAAAACGAAACAAACCACCUGUCAAUGAUAACGCCGCCAAAGAACCGGAGGAUGUAUGGGGACUACGAGAACAGACAGAAUUGCCAGCGUCCUUCUGGUCUGAUCGGCGGCCCCUGACGCCUUCCCUACCCGACGACAAGAAAACGCCUGGAACCCGAGCAAUGGUGUCUCAGGCUGCUGGCCAGUCUGGCUUGCUUGGAUUGCCCGCCGAGCUCCGUGUAAUGAUCUGGCUUUAUGUCAUGAGCUCCUCCGGUGUGGUGCUUGUGAGGAGUCAUGGGAAGCGGCUAUAUGGCCACGCGUGUAAGCCAGGAUGCGAGUCCCACGCCCGCGGCCCAGAUAAUAACGUCCCCUAUCGAUAUAUACCAUUGCUAUCCACCUGUCGAGAAAUAUACUGUGAAGCAAUCGAAAUGCUGUAUAACAAGAAUACAUUCCAUUUCCGCGACCGAUCCGGCCUCAACCCGAUACCCCGAGUCAUUAACCCUGCCAGACUACCCUCAUUUAGAUCCCUGUCUAUUUCCACCUUUGUUUGUCUCCACGGCACGCCUGAAAAAAGUUGCAACGCGCUCCAGUCCUGGAUGGGGACACUCCGCGUCCUACAGAAAAUGACCGGGCUGCAUCGGCUGCAUGUUUCAUUUUCAGAACGCCUGCGUCCUAGCCAUGUCGUUAAUGGGUCGUCGUAUCUCUCCCCGCUGAUGGAUAUCCGGGGCGUGCCGGACUUUGUCGUCGAGAUCCAUGAUGAUCCCGAUUGUCCGGGGAACGAGUGGCAUCGUCGCUUUCCACCCGACCUGCCUUUUCGAGUGGUGAUACGCUCUCCUGCUGGGGAGUGA